AUGAUGAAGACGACGGUGGUGUUGAAAGGAAAGCCAUUACUCCUACAACUACAACAAUUUCACCCUCUCCGUCGGACUAAUUGCUGCUUCUUCAUACUACACUCCCUCCUUUCCACUCAUCCCCCCGCAUCAACUACAAGAGCAACAGCAGGAAGAAGACCGAAAAUCUUUCCGCCGCCGCCCGUCUCGAUCUCAAACCCAACGACCUCCACUUGCUGCUACUCUCAUCUUCAGGUGUCCGCCAUGUCGUCCUCCUCGGAUGAUUUCUAUACUUUCGGACCUUACAAGAUUCACUCGAAGGAAGUCUUCUACUCCACCGACCUCUCUUACGCCAUGGUCAACCUCCGGCCCCUCCUCCCUGAAACUAGUGAUUUAUGGGUCACAGCACAAAAGGUUGGUUCCCAGCUUGAGCGCUUCCACGGAGCAUCAUCACUCACAUUUGCGAUCCAAGAUGGGCCGCAGGCAGGGCAGACGGUGCCCCAUGUCCAUAUCCACAUCAUUCCCAGGAAGGCUAAUGAUUUUGAGAAGAAUGACGAGAUAUAUGAUGCAAUAGACGAAAAAGAAAAGGAACUCAAGCAGAAGCUGGAUUUGGACAAGGAAAGAAAAGACAGGAGCCUUGAAGAGAUGGCUCAAGAGGCUGAAGGGUAUAGGGAGCUUUUCUUGCAAUAG